AUGUCCAGAAUACUGCCUUUCCAGUAUUUAAGAGCUCUGAGAUUGACGACAAGAGUGCCACUACUUUUCGAAUCGAAACGAUGCAUAACCACAACUACUCCCACCUCUCGCAGUCAGACUGUUUCGGCACAAAAGAGUCGUCGAGAGGUCGCACUAUCCACUGAGGAGAAACCCAAAUCGUUGGCCCAAUACGUUGUGACGACUUUCGACAUAAUUGCGAACUGGGCGCGCCAAGGAUCGAUGUACCCGAUGACCUUUGGCCUAGCGUGUUGCGCUGUCGAAAUGAUGCAUAUCGCCGGGCCACGAUACGAUCAAGAUCGAUUCGGUUUCAUGUUUCGAGCCUCGCCCCGACAGUCCGACGUGAUGAUCGUGGCCGGCACGCUGACGAACAAGAUGGCGCCCGCUUUUCGCCAGGUUUACGAUCAGAUGCCGGAGCCGAGAUGGGUCGUCAGUAUGGGAAGCUGUGCCAACGGCGGAGGAUAUUAUCAUUACAGCUACUCUGUGGUUCGUGGCUGCGACCGGAUUGUUCCGGUCGAUAUAUACGUCCCUGGCUGUCCGCCAACGGCUGAGGCAUUGCUCUAUGGCAUGUUUCAGUUGCAGAGGAAAAUGCGUCAAGGAAGGAAGUCGCGAAUGUGGUAUCGCAAAUAA